AUGGGCCGACCUACCCCCGCCACUGGCAGUUAUCGCGACGAUCCCGAUGCCGUGUCCUUGCGUACGGAGCCUGGCGAUGCCUAUGUGGACGAUGUCCCUGAGAUUGCCUCGGCUCCACCGGCCUACGUCGAGGCCACUGGCGAGGGUGACGCGCUGAUCGACGGGUUUGAUGACGGCGCGGGACCGGGAGGUCUCAUCCUCAAGAAUGGCACCACCCCGGCCGAGAGCCACCAAGAGGGCACCUCGUCUCACAUCUUUGCCAAGCGCACGCGCAUCACCAACGAGGUUAAUUCCCUACAGGACGAUCGCUCUGAUGGCGACCCGGAGUUCCUGGAGAGGUGGGUCAGGCACAUGGCCAGCAAAGCGCCGUCGCCGUACAUCCACAUCACAGGCAAUCACCGCGAGACAAAGCGCGAUAUGAAUGGCAAGAGCAAGACCGAGACGGUGGAGGACUUCCGCAUCCUCGUCAGCUUGCAGAACUACCUCUGGCCCAACUUCAACCCUCGCGGAGAACAGGUGAUGAAUUUUGACACGGUGGACAACGGCGAGAGUACCUUUCGCGGCACCGUCUUCAAGAAGCGAGCUCCCGGGUCAAAGGGCAAUAUUGAGGUCGGAACUGAUAAGCCCAGCCUGGAGGAGUGGUGCCACCGGUACUGCGCCAAGGCCAAGAGCACAAGAUGUUUCCGCCUUACCCGCACAGUUACCGGCUUGGAUGAGCAACUCUUCCGAUCCCGACUCGAAGGUCUGAUCCGCGGUACCAACUACAAGGGCAAGCUCUCCAUUGAGUUUCCCGUAGCUGAUCGGGCUGUUGAUAUCUACUCCACCACCUGGAUGAACAACUGGCGUACCACGGACUGGAUCCGAUGGAUCUUCUACCUGACCUUCCUGUGGAUCUUCUCGUGGCCCAUUCUGUACUUCACAACGAAGAAAUACUACGUUGUGCGUGCAGAGUGGCCAUUCGCCAAGGUCAACCCUCAGGGCCGCAAGACCUACACCACCGUCAGCGAGGAGCAAUGGAUCGAGAAUUUCGGCCCCGCUGUUCAGCAGCUAUGCUUGGACCGGUAUCAGGGCCUGACUGGCGAUGACCAUUUGAAGCAGAUCCUCGCGAGACCUGCGACACAGUCGUCUGCCGCUGCGGACUUCCGGAAUGCGCGAGCGGCGCUGAAUGUGGCAACCAGUGCCGCCAGCGUUCUCCGUGGAGGGCCUGUCAAUGCAAUCAGCCAGGUCUCCAACAUCAUGCGUCUCUCGAGCGGGACAAACGACCAGGUUGGAUGGGGUUUUGACACAUGA